ACGAAUAAAGAUGGCGGCGACCGAGUUGCUGCUGAAGCAAAGCAAUAAACUCACAGCUGUUUAUGAAAAUUUACAACUUUGUGAUAGAACUUUAUGUGUGGUUCUGGCAGUGGAUUGGCUGACAGGGGUCACGUGAGCAGCUCUCUGUGAACAUGAACUUUUUAUGAUUUCCCAAGUGGCUAUAAUGCAGCAUUCUUUUGGUCAGGGCGCAGUCAGUAGCACCUCUGUCCUUUAUGUUUUUUACGUUUGUUAAAGCAGAGGGAAAGACAAAUUCUCCUGAGCUGGGCGAAUUGUGUGCGUUAAUAUGGAUGGAAAGCUCGACGUCACGCUAGUACGAAGCGUCUGCGUCUUUAGAUUUUCACAUCAGCUAAGAGUGCAAGGGUCAAAAUUCACUGAGGACCUUAGUUCAUUCUUCUCUAAAUUGUCAAGUUUUAACUCUGUCUGGUUUACCCGUACAUCAAAAAAUACGACACGAGAUCCAGGUUAACCGACGAAUCUGCGCGAUUGUUUUGGAUCAUUCCACUGAAGCGGUGAUGAACGGGAAAGGAAAGCAACAAGUGUAUCCCAAUGAGGCUACGUGUGACCGUAUGAGACUCGUUUUCCACAUGUUAUUCAUCAAAUGGACAGUCUGCAGACAUCUGCGAAGAAGGAACAUGACAAGAAACAGGUCAUCUUCCAGCGGGCCUCCGGAACCAUACUGUCACAUGACACGAGAGGCCAGAGUUUUGCUAAACCCCCAGAAAGGACCAACAUAACUGAUGAAAGCCGUCCAGAAAAUGCAGAUAACGAACAACAAUAACGUCUGUCUCACAACGUCGCGGAAUUAUUUGCAACAAUGUUGUUAUGCAUUUGAACAUAAUGACAAAAUUCAUCACCCUAAACAUAUUGGGUCAGCGAACGCUAAGGACGAACUUGCACAGUGAGAUGGAAUACAGAACGAGAUAAAGAGGACGUUAAAACUAGAAGAAAUAAAAAAUAGAUGUUGUAGUUAUACCAUCCUCAAUCAAGACAGUAGGCCUAGCUCGUCAGUGUUCCUUCCUGCAAACUACCGAAGAUAACUUUAGGAAUCAGCAACUUCUAGCCAUUUUCUUGGAUGCCAGAAUUCAAGAAAACGACAAGAGGAGCACGGCGUCAUUUGGUGCUCAAGAGCGACAAGAAAACCCCGCUGGGAUUCAUUGCCUCAAAAAGAGCACGCACAGCUAUACAAAUGACCAGCUGUAGAGCCUGAGAAGAUCCACUUCAACCCAUAUUUGUGCAGGCGGAGACGUGUGGAAAUGCCCAGUUUAGCCUACUUAAACCUAUAGCCUACUAAGAGGGAAAUAACAAUUUGGUUUCAGAACCGGAGGUUGAGGCAAAAAAAGAUUGUAGGUUGAAAGGAAUUAACUCUUGUAGCUAUUGCUGGACUAUCUCCGAUCAACAGCCCAUCACCACUGUCUUGAGUGACACUGCGAGAGAUUUAUUUAUUCAUGGCAUAUAUACAGUGCCUCAGGUAAAAGGCCCUUCCGCAAAUAUGGUUGGGAAUGCUUAUCUAGACUAUAUAGGCCUACAUUAAUGGGUAGCAUUCUCUGUCUCCUCCAAAACUAUUCUGUCAUGUUCCCCAGAGAUAAAGUCCCCCUUCAAAUGAUUAAAUGCCAGUUUCAUUUAAUAUCCGAAAUUAAUUUUUAAUGAUAAAUAAGUAUUAUAGUAAUGUAAUUGAUUGAUGUAAUAACGUCAUUGGGGUUAAUAAUUCAAAUUAUCGUGUGAAAAUGAAAAGCGCUAUGAAUUUGACAUUUUAGUGUAAUGUAUUUAGGCCUAUUGCUUCUGAUUAAAUUCUAAAUUCAAGGUUCUCGCGAUGUUCAUUUGAAAUCUAAGAUCUAAUCAUCAGAGUUUAUCUGGGACAGUUUACAAUUCUUGUUAAUAAUUUUCUGUAUUCGAAUGGAGAAUGUUUGUCACCUGCACUACAAAUUAAGUUUUUAGGUUUCUCUGAAGUCGAAUAGGCUAAAUUAAGCUCUUAUCCUUUGCUUUUAGGAAAGAAUCCUAGCAACCAAUGGGACGUUUCACAAUCUCCCUCUGCUUAGAAGCAAAUUAUUCUAGCAUCAUAAAAAACCUUACUCUAUUGGUGUACAUAGAAGUUCAUUCAGUCCGGUUAAAUUAGGAACUUAGAUUUGAAAAUAGCACAAGAAACUCCCUGGGGGAAAAAACACAAAUGCCUAUAAAUCAAUGGCCUACAUAUUGCGUAUGAUGAAUUUUAGGGCCUGUUUAUUUAUAGUUUGCAACACAACUUCAGUUGUCCUCGCCGUCACGAAUACAAUAUAAAUUCACUGUUAUAUUGCUGUGCUCGCUUUAAUUCACACUAGAUCUACAUUGCCAGUUUAUCAGAUUGAUGGGUGGAUUCGAUUGAUGUGUUUGUCAUGUAAAUACGAAUCGUUUGAUGGACACCUGCAACGCCCAGAGUGCUACCGCAGGUCGCACACUAUUGGUGCAAAAUUAGUCACAUGAUGUGUCACUUAACUGAUAUGAGCUCGGAUAGAACUUUGUGUGGUUUGACAUACUGCUUAGAGGUUGUAGGGGCACUGGGACCACACAUCAGCGUAUAUUGACCCUGCUUAAUCAAUUUUGCUUGGUCAGUCAACAAUGAAUUCCUACUUAGAUUAUACGAUUUACAACCGUGGUACUAACACUUAUAGUUCGAAGGUUGGGUGUUUUUCUAUGGAGCAAGAAUACUUGCCAAGUGGUUGUGCAAGUACAAAUAGUUUCAUUCCCGAGGGACGGCCAAUCGGAGGGAACACUUUUACACCGGCAUCGCACGAAACUCAUGGCACAACUUAUUCACAACUUCAGUCGCAGCCAUACCACAUCAAUAUGGAUAUGGGGAAAACUGGACACACCAAUUUCUGCAAGCAAACACGACCUCCUCCUCUCUCGGACUAUGGACAUCAGCACGUUCUCACUCAAGCAGAUGACCACAUGCGCCUUCAGUCCCCUGCUUUUUCUGUCGUGAAUAUGGGAUCCAACAUUGGAACUUACAGUGAAUCUAACUGCAGGCCUGGCUCGGUCUCUGCAAGCCAUUAUCAGUCGUAUCCCUAUGGAGAACACGAACCAAACGGCUAUGGCUCUUUCAGCAAGUACCAGGUCUCCCCUGACAGUGACAGCGACUCCAAGACGAACAUCAAACAAGCGCCAACGUUUGACUGGAUGAAAGUCAAGAGGAACCCCCCUAAAACAGUCGCCGAAUAUGGGAUCCACGGCCAGCAGAACAUAAUACGCACCAAUUUUACCACCAAGCAGCUCACAGAACUUGAGAAGGAGUUUCACUUCAACAAGUACCUGACUAGGGCGCGCAGAGUGGAGGUGGCCGCCACCCUCGAACUGAACGAAACGCAGGUUAAAAUUUGGUUUCAGAAUCGCAGAAUGAAACAGAAGAAGCGCGAGAAGGAAGGAACAGCGCCAAUAAUUAAGCGAGCGAAUCUUUGCUCUUCUGGUCAAAGCGCAGACAACUCAAACAGCUCAUCCCCGGGUGCUUCGCCUACCUCAGACUCUUCCACUACUAUUUGAUGCGUACGUGCCUUUGUGGCAAACGAACUUCUGCUGUGGAGAACUACCUAACUUAUUCCGCUGUUGUAGACAAAGCAUUAUACGUGCUAGUGUGUGCAUGUGUGUUUUAUAAAACGCAAAGUAAUCAA